AUCAGCCGUGUUUAUGGAAAAUAAAAUCAAAACAUUAUUCCAACCGACAAAUGCGGGAACAAGCAUAUUCUGCAUUAUUGCAGUAUUAUAAAACUGUCGAUGAAAAAGCUACAGUGGAUACAGUAAAAAAUAAAAUAAAUAAUCUAAGAAGUUCAUUUAGAAAAGAACUGAAAAAAGUAAAUAAAAGUAAAAAAUCAGGUAGCGGUUCAGAACAAGUAUAUGUACCCAAACUUUGGUAUUUCAAGUUACUUAUGUUUACAUCUGAUCAGGAAACUUCGCUGAAACCAAUUUCAAACGACAGUGAUUACAAACAUGACACAGAAGAAGAGAUUUCUGAUAACGAGGCCGAACAUAUUAACGAAGAAAUUUCGAGUCCCAGAAGUACUGGUAUUGACGAAUCUGAAGAUACGAAUACCGUACCAACGCCACUAACUUCCCCUCAACCGGCUGUUUUGGCAAGUAAUAGCAGAUGUUCCUCAAAACAGAGUAUAUUACUCAAUACAGAGCUCAAGUUGUGUGUGACCAUAAAAGAAGAAUUCGGGAUAUAUUUGUCGGUUAUCCAGGAUCAGUACAUGACAGCCGUGUUCUGA